GAAAACACAUACAACAAUCAAAUGCUUUAAAACUAGGAAAAGAAGAUACCUAACCUUCCCCACUAACCAGACUCCAAGAACCCAUCAUCAACCCUUCCAUCAUCCAUCGUCUCCUUUUGGUUUCUUUACAUAUUAAUGUCUUCCCCUCUUGCUAUAUACCCUUAUUAUUCCCCUUUAAUUAUCAAUGGCUAAUCCCAAAAAAUAUCAUGACCCCCAACGGACUAGCCUUUUCUGGUGGUUGGCGGCGAUCAUAUGUUCAGUUCUAACCAUAGCAGUAAUCGUUGCGGGGAUCGUUGUGUUCGUUGGGUACUUAGUUAUUCAUCCAAGAAUCCCUAUAAUUAGUGUACUUAAUGCCCAUCUCAACCAGUUCCAGUACGACCAAGCGGGUGUUCUUGUGACGCAAGUAAACAUAAUCGUUCGGUCGGAGAACGACAACACCAAAGCUCAUGCAAGCUUUUCAGACAUGAAGCUAACGCUGUUUUUCGACGGCUUAGCAAUAGCUCACCUGGUAGCAGGGCCUUACGAAGUGAAGAAGAAUAGUACAGUUGAUUUUAAUUAUGUAGCGACAUCAGAUCCAAUACCGCUGAACCCUGAGCAAAUGAAAGAUGUGGAUGCGUUCUUGAACGAGGAUGAAGUUAGGUUUGAUUUGAAAGGAAAUGCAAGAGCAAGAUGGCGAGUUGGGCUUCUUGGUUCUGUUAAAUUUCAGUGCCAUUUGAGUUGUCAGCUCAAGUUUUAUAGAUCUAGUGGAAUCUACAUACCUGGCCGUCAUUGCACGUCCAAGGCUAAAUAAAAUUGGAACUUCUCUUCUUCUUUUUUCCUCCAUAAAUAAAUAAAUAUUACUUAGUUUCUCCAUUUUUUCUGGAGAUAUUAA